GCCACUUUGAACUUCGUGGGUGAAGCAACGUAGAAGACUUUUCUCGUGUCUACAAUUCCACAUCGUUCGAGGAAAUUUCAUAUUCUUUCCUCACAUAUUAUAGUUACGUUAAAAGUUUGGGCACAAAUAAAACCAGAUUCUAAUCUACGAUUAUAUUAUCCAGCAAUCAAUCCUAAAAUGACCUCUUCUACCACGGACGUUUGAACGAUCGAUGAACGGCAGCCUCAACAACGGGUUUUGAUCCCUGCUGCCUCGUAUCCCGGUGCACGACGCCUGAUCAGAGGUUUCCAUCGGAUCGGCAUGUCGCAGCAGUGCAUGAGUCCGGUGGAUUGUAGCAGCGGCAGCAGUAAUAACAGUGCGGUGAUCCAAUCGACACGCCAAAAUAUCAGCAGCUUCAGUAAUUAUUGUUCGUGAUGUUGGGUUAUUGUGAUGCGAGAAGGGAGUGACCACCAGUAUAGGAAUGUACCGAAUUUUCAAUUGUGAUACAGUAGUGCUAGAAGUAUUUACCUACCCUUAGAAGAAGAGUUCCACAGAAAGUGAUUUCAAUCAAAUACAUUGUGUGUGCUUAGAUAUUAGUGAAAUUUUGGCCACGUCGAUAGCCAACACGUGAAAGUUCGUAACGAUGGCGAAAAUUGCUGCUGGAGAUGCUUUGGCCCCGGUGGAGGGUUUUGGGGAAGCACCUCGGAGCCGGUCAGCUACUGGCGCUAGCUCACGGCUACGUGAUGAACAAAGUGAUAGUGAUGACGGAGCGAUUAAGCUGAAAAAAGAGCUCGGGUUGAUGGAUGGCGUUGCCAUCAUCGUGGGUGUGAUCGUGGGAGCGGGAAUUUUCGUAUCGCCGAAAGGUGUCCUUCUCUAUUCCGGAUCCAUUGGACAGGCGAUCAUCGUGUGGAUACUGUCCGGCGUCCUCAGCAUGGUCGGUGCUCUCUGCUAUGCCGAAUUAGGCACCAUGAUACCCAAAUCCGGCGGCGAUUAUGCGUACAUCGCUGAGGCGUUCGGCCCACUGCCAGCGUUUCUGUAUCUGUGGGUCGCGCUGCUGAUUCUGGUCCCGGCCGGCAACGCCAUCACUGCCAUCACGUUCGCCCAGUACCUGCUGCAGCCGCUGUGGCCAACGUGUGAGCCUCCGUACGAGUCGGUCCGGCUGCUCGCUGCUCUCAUCACCUGUCUACUUACGGCUAUCAACUGUUACAACGUGAAAUGGGUGGCACGGGUGACGGAAACCUUCACCGGAAUGAAGGUUGGAGCUCUGUUGGUUAUCGUUGCGGCCGGUGCGUGGUAUCUGUUCAGUGGAAAUACGGAGCUGCUGGAGAAUCCGUUUGAAAAUUCAAAAAUCCAACCCGGGUUCAUUGCGCUGGCGUUUUACAACGGGCUGUUUUCGUACUCUGGAUGGAACUAUUUGAACUUUGUUACGGAGGAGCUAAAGGAUCCUUACCGAAACUUACCUCGAGCAAUUUGCAUUAGCAUGCCCACAGUGACAAUCAUUUAUGUCAUCACCAAUAUUGCCUAUUUCGCUGUUCUUCCUCCGGAUGAGAUGCUGUCAUCCCAAGCAGUUGCGGUCACGUUUGCGGAUAAAAUGUUAGGUUUCAUGGCCUGGGUUAUGCCACUCUUCGUGGCAUGUUCAACGUUCGGGUCACUCAACGGCGCAAUUUUCGCCUCGUCUCGAUUGUUCUUCGUGGGAGCACGCAACGGACACCUUCCAGCGGCAAUUUCGCUCAUCAACGUCAACUGCCUCACCCCAAUUCCAUCGUUGAUCUUUUUGUGCCUUCUCACUCUCCUCUUGCUGUUUAUUCGUGAUGUCUUUUCGAUAAUCAACUAUGUAAGCUACGUCGAGAUACUGUUCAUCUUUAUCUCCGUAUCUGGAUUGCUUAGGCUUCGUAAGAAGCAUCCCGAAGCCAAACGACCAAUUAAAGUGUCCUUAGUCGUGCCCAUCAUCUUCCUCCUGACGGCCGGAUUCUUGGUUAUAUUCUCCGUGUUCGAAUCACCCACGGAAGUUGCCAUCGGGACGGCGAUCAUCGUGUUGGGCAUCCCGGUCUACUACAUCACUAUCCACAAACCCGUGGAAUGGCUGGCCCAAACCUCGCAACGAAUCAACACAGUUUGUGCAAAACUCUUCCUCUGCAUGCCCAACACGGAAAAGAACGACUAGCGGGGAGAUGUACGGCAAGAGUUGUCGCACCUUAAUGCAGGGUACCGCGCUGUAAAUAGACUGCUCGCUACGAGUUAAGGCUCGUGAUAAGAUGGGACGCACAUUUGAGCACACGUAAAUUAUUAUUAUAAGCAAGCAAACACAAACACUGCACGACAAUAGUUAACGAAACAAUGUUCCAACAGUGCCUUUAAGGCGCUUCGCUACAUAUCUCAUGUAGGAUGUAAAUAAUCUACAUUAUGUUUAGUACAAUCAAACCAAGUUCAGCAUGCAAUCUUAUUCUCUCUAAUGAUAAGGCUCAACGCAAUAUAUCGUAUUGACAUCAGAUUAAUAUUCGAAAUAAUACUAUCGACACAUGUUUAGCAUUAUCCUCUGCGAGGCUAUCUUAAACAUAUACAGGGCAGGGUUACAGUGAUCUUACAUUAGCGUUCUUCAUUGGUAUAACAGUUUCAAUUAUGUUUCUGAGCUAGAGAAAAUGUUCUAGAUCUUAACGAAUUAACACAAUGACAAAUAAUAAUUGAAGACUGCUUCAUGGAAAAAAAUAACGUCGGGCUAGAUGUAAGUUUUGUAUUGGUUUCUCACAUUCAUAUAGGUACAUAAAUAUAUAUCUUUUUGUAUUAUGUAAUUGUAAAUUAAAGUUUUGCUAUACGUCGCUUUUACAUUUAUCAAAUAUUAUACAUAUCUCUACAAAUGUAGCAAA